AUGUCCGAAAUUGAUUCAGGAAAACGCAAAGCGUCGGCCGCUGGACUGGGUCAUAACCGCCCCGUGAAGAGACGAGCCUCCAAAGCAUGUUGUUGCUGUCGGGCCCGCAAGGUCCGUUGCGACGUCGUGGAAAAUGGCUCCCCGUGCACGAAUUGCCGACUCGACCAGGUCGAGUGCGUUGUCACGGAGAGCAAGCGAAGAAAGAAGUCUCGUGUGGACAUGGAGAACAAUCAUGCCGAGUCGGCCGGCGAAGCAUCCGAGGAAAAUCCUCUGCAGAGUUCGAGCCAUGGGCUGCCGGACAUGGCGCCCACGUCUCCCUCGCAGGCCUCUGUUGACGUGGACCAUGGACAGCACAUGCCGCACCUGUUGUACCAAACCCAGGCGCAUUGCAUCGGCUCGGACGACCGCUAUCGUCGCCGCAUGGCUCCUAACACCGCCGUUCCUGCGACACUUCCUCUCGCCAACGUCACUUCGCAGAUCCAGCAAUUAUUAGACCCGUCUUUUGGCAAUGUUCGAGCGGCCAAUAGCUUCCUUCCGGACUACAUUCGCGGUUUGCCCACCCGUCUGCAAAAGGAAGACAUUGACUAUCUGGCCACCAAGGGCGCCUUGACCAUCCCUGAUGUGGGUCUGCGGAACGAGCUGUUGAAGAGUUACGUCCACUACGUGCACACGUAUAUGCCCUUGCUGGACCUGGAGGAAUUCCUACAAACCGUUGUCUCGAAUGAUGGGAUCCAUCGCAUUAGUCUUCUGCUGUUCCAGGCGGUCAUGUUCGCUGGAAUGGCUUUUAUUGACAUGAAACACUUACAUGCCGCUGGCUAUCAGACUCGCAAGGCGGCCCGCAAGAUCUUCUUCCAGCGAGCUCGACUGCUGUACGAUUUCGACUAUGAGGUGGACCGCAUCUCCUUGGUGCAGUCCCUCCUGCUCAUGACUUACUGGUACGAGACACCGGAUGACCAAAAGGAUACCUGGCACUGGAUGGGAGUCAGUUUGUCCCUAGCCCACACCAUCGGCCUUCACCGCGAUCCCGGGAACUCGCGAAUGGAUCUGCGCCGCCAGCGGAUGUGGAAGCGUAUCUGGUGGAGCACAUACACCCGGGAUCGACUCAUUGCGCUGGGUAUGCGCCGGCCCAUGCGGGUCAAGGACGAUGACUGCGACGUGCCGAUGCUGACACUGGACGAUUUCGAGUUCCACUCUUUCUCGCCAGAAAUUGUGAGCAUGGUCGGAAACUCGGAAAUCCUGCAGAACGUGAGCCACCAGCGGGAGCUGGCCCUCAUGUUCAUCGAAAAGGCCAAGCUUUGUCUCGGGGUCAGUCAUGUGUUGUCGGCCCAGUACUCGGUGCUGAGCCACAAGUUCGGUGGUACCAUGGAAACGACCAUGAUGCUGGUUCCCAAGAAAUCCACCGCCGAGACUUUUGAAGUGCGACGCUGUGAUCAGGAACUGGAGGACUGGCUGGCCAACCUGCCCGUGGAAACUCAGUACACACCGUCCGGCUCGUCGAAACUAUCCGAGGCAGACGAAGUGCUGCAUUCACAUCGCGCGCUUUUGAAAAUGGUCUACCUGACCACUUCCAGUGCCCUGCAUCGUCCGCAGGUUCUCCCCGCCAUCCCGUUCCCGUCCAUGGACGCUGAGCUGCAGGAUAUGUCCCGGAAUAAGGUGCGACAUGCCGCAGUGGAAAUCACCAACAUUGCCCAGGAUCUGCACACUCUGGACCUGACGCGAUACUAUCCGACCACUGGCGUGACGGUGCUCCUGCCCGCCGUCAUCAUUCAUCUACUGGAUAUCAAGUCCAGCGAUCCGAGUGUGCGCAUGACCAGCCUCCAGCGCUUCUACCAGUGCAUGCGCAUCCUGCAGCGCCUACGUGAGAUCUACGCCUCUGCCGACUUUGCCACCUCGUUCCUAGAGGCCGCCAUCCGCAAGGCCGGCAUCCAGCUCACCGUUGCCCCCCAGGACGUGCAGUCCUCCCGGCCCCGACCCCAAGCCCCCAACACUGACCUCUUCGAUGCGACCUCACGACCCAACACUCUGACUCCUCCACCCGAUUCUCUGGCCCAAAAGAUUCCUGACCUGACCUACCCCAAGUCGACGAUCACGGGCUCUACCGGGGACCUACUGGCCUCGACGCCGCCUCAGUCAGAUGGCAGCGAAAACGGCAGCACCAACAACCUCAACCCCAAUUUCCUCAACGCAGAUGGUUUGACUAUGCCAAACCUGGACUCGUCAGAGAUGAGUUUGACAGAACUGAUGGACUUGGCCAACGAUGCCGAGGUGACCCAGAACGACUUUGACGCGCUGAUCAACUUUGAUGACGUCGGCAAUGAUUUCUUCGCCGCCGAAGAUUCCACCAAUGCAUCAGGAACCGCGGCCCCAGAGAAGAGCUAUGGGAUGGAUGACAUGAACGUGAUGGGCUUUGAUCCCGAUCCUAAAGCGAUCGACUUUGCCGAUCACGCUGUCAAUCCCGAGGCAGCUUCAGCCGAGGCUCAGACACGGGCCGGGAUCACGACCGAUUUGGACACGGAACUCGGCCUCGGUCUGGAUGAAUAA